AUGUUGGCCUCAGAGGCUCGAGCCCUCGCCCAGUAGCCGCCGGCAGCCUCCAGGGUGCUGGCCCUUCGGGUGGAGGCCACAGUCCGUGGGGAUGCCCGGAGGAGGAACAGUGUCGGAGCCGCAGGCCGCUCACAGUGCCCCGGAGAAGCCGGCCAGCACGGCGAUCCUGUGUAACACCUGCGGGAACGUGUGCAGGGGGGAGGUGCUGCGGGUGCAGAGCAAGUACUUCCACAUCCAGUGCUUCGUCUGCAAAGAAUGCGGCUGUGACCUGGCCGAGGGCGGCUUCUUCGUGCGGCAGGGCGAGUACAUCUGCACCCAGGACUACCAGAGACUGUACGGGACCCGCUGCUUCAGCUGCGACCAGUUCAUCGAGGGCGAGGUGGUGUCGGCGCUGGGCAAGACCUACCAUCCCAGCUGCUUCGUGUGUGCCGUCUGCCGGUUGCCCUUCCCGCCCGGGGACCGAGUGACCUUCAACGGCAAGGAAUGCAUGUGCCAGAAGUGCUCCCUGCCCACAUCAGCGGGCAGCAGCGUGCCCCUGUCCCAGGGCCUCUGGAGUUGCAAGGGCUGCGGAGUGGAGAUCAAAAACGGCCAGUCCCUGGUGGCCCUGGACAAACACUGGCACCUGGGCUGCUUCAAGUGCAAGACCUGCGGGAAACAACUGAACGCAGAGUAUAUCAGCAAGGACGGGCUGCCCUACUGUGAGGCCGAUUAUCACACCGAGUUCGGGAUCCGCUGCGAUGGCUGUGAGAAGUACAUCACGGGGCACGUGCUGGAGGUAAGGAGGCCAGCCUGGAGGCUGUGUGUGACUGUAGCCUGGCCGGCUUCCGGCACCCUUUGGGGUGGGCGGGACCCGGCAGGCCCAGCCGCGGCGGCCCGCCCUGCCCCUCCCGGCCUGACCCUGAGCCAGCGCCGUGCCUGCCGAGGCCCGUCCAUAGACGUCACCGGAACGUCCUCGGGGAUCCGACGGGUCGUGUCUGCGGAGUGUCCCCCGGCUCAGCGCCGGCCACGAG